AUGGAAGUGGUCAGCAGCUUGCGUGAGUACUUUGAGGAGCAAUACCUUGCCGGAGGCUUGUUCAGCCAUGAAGACUACGAAUUUAUUGAGGAUGAGUGGGUCUGGCGGCAUAAACCUCUGGACAUCAAGGUAUGGGCUGAUGCGUUAGACCUGUCGUCUGAAACUGAGCCACAUGUCUAUUUUCACUACACCAGCCACCUGGGCUUCCGCAACAUCACUGACCCAUCCAAGGCCACGGCUGAGGUCUUUGCUUCGAUGGUCACACCCGAACCAGGAAAUGAGGACAAGAAGGGUCUGAACGCUUACUGGGGCCAAGGCGUCUAUGCGACCCGACGGCCACCGGACAAGUGGAAAGACGAGGAUGGGCGCCCGUGCUUGCACAAGCUCCUGGAUAACAAUUACGGCAGUACGUACAAGAGAGAUCACUACAAACGAUUUCGGGCAGACUACUGCAUCCCUAUCCUUGCGAGUGCAGAGAGCGCCUACGACGUGUCCCAGCGCCAGACCCCGGAGAUGGAGAAGGGAGGAAAACCACCUGGUGUAAAUCUGGCCGGAAGGGAUUUGCUGCACCGUGAGGUGAUCGUCAUCCGAAUGCUUGGCAAAGGCGGGGGCGUGUCCAGCGCCAAGGCCAGUCUUCUUGAGGUGCUCUCUAAGCGAACGUGCGAGAUGGCACACCGACUCACUGACACACCCAACCUGGAGCUUCGAGAGGAGCUUUGCAAGGCCAAGUGCAGGUUGGCGCAAGUUCAUGUGCAGCGUGGACAGCUGAAAGAAGCAGAAGAUCUCUUUAGCGAAGUCGAGUCCACAGCUGCUUGCCUGGCAAAGGAGCGCCAGGCAGGGAGCCGGUGGGCCAAGUUUGCGACGGAUCCCAGCAGCCGCAUCUUCAAGAAUCGGGCGCCCGACACCUUCGAUGCUGUUGCUGCGUGGCAGGGCCUCGCCGAAACCUACAAGCUGACAGGUCGGCUGGCGGACGCCGAGGAGCUUAACCGCAAGGUGCUGGCCCUGCGUGCAUGGAACCGGGGCGAGACUCAUCGCCAAACCUUGGUGUCCAAGCUGAGCUUGACGCAGGUGCUGAUGUCGCGGGGGCAGUUCAGGAAGGCCGAGCGCCUGGCCAGAUCGACAGUGACAGAUCUUGAAACGGAGAUGGGCCCCAGGCACCCGGACACCCUGGAAGCGAGCUUGACCUUGGCGAACAUCCUCAAGGAGAGCGGCUGCCUCGACGAAGCGGAGGAGCUCCAGGAGCAGGGCUGGACCACCUGUAAGGAACUCUUGGGGCCGCAGCAUCCGCGCACCGUGGCUUCCUUGAGGGACUGGGCCAGCGUCCUCUUGGAGCAAGAAGAUUUCAAGAGAGCCGAAGAGAAGUUCCGGGAGGCUGAGGAAGAGUUCGAGAAGAGCCUCGGGGCCAUGCACCCUCAGACCUUAGACUGCAAAGUCAGUCGUGCCGUAGCCUUGUCCUCACAAAGGUCGCGCAAGGGUAGCCUGCAGAUGGCUGAGCAGCUCUUCGUAGAGGCUUUGCAAGAGCUAGAGCAGCUGUUGGGUGCCUCACAUCCCGACACAACCUGGUGCUGCUUCGGCUUGGCCAUGUGCCUCAGGGCCUUGCAGAGACCUCUUGAGGCCGAGCAGCGCCUACGGGACACGCUGGCGAGGCUCCGAGGGUCUCAAGGCCAGGACCACUGGAAGGCACAGCUUUGCCAGGACAUGAUUCGGCAGGUUGCAAGCUUCUCGGGCUGUUGGCCUCUUUUCUGGAAGUCGAGUCCGCUGCUGGUCGUGCUCCUUACGAUAGUGUGGAGGGCGUUCGCGAUGAAUUUAGCCGGCGUGCUUGAGCUUCACCUUGCGCUUGCUGCAGGCCAGCUAUUCUUGAUGAUCCUGGUGCUUGGUGUCGGACUUUUCUUCCUCCAGAGGAGUCGUGUCAUUCCCCCUGCGGGGCCGAAGGAGAAAUGGGGAAUUCGCUUUCGUGAUCAGCAUCACGUUGCUAAAGCCUUUGCGCAAGGAGUGCACUCGUUGGCUGCAUACUUCCUCUUCAGUCUAAUUUUCUCCAUAUUUUGGUUCAUCCUGGAUGCUAUCAGCCGGCAGGAGGAGUACGAGGACUCUGCAAUCGUGGCUUGGGGCCAUCCCACGGCCGUGUGUGGCUGGGCAGCUUUGGAGGUGAUUUGGCUAAUGUCCGACGUGGCUGACCUCCUUGACCGCCGCAGUGGAUUUCAGAAUUGUUGGGUAUUGCUCGCAAGCCUCUUGCCGAUCCGAGUCCUGCGCCCCGCGUCCCUGCACAUGCACCUACAUGCCACCCGGCAAAUUCGCAGCUGGGACGAGAUUGCUUGGCCUUGUUCUUGGCUCCUCUUCUUCCUUUGUGGCUUCCUGCUGCGUAACCUCGGUUACCAUCUGCAAGCCCUCGUGCGGUCGAGGUCGGAACGUUUAUGGCCGAUGGAUGGAAGGCGAUUGCACAAGGCCCGCCGGGCAGGUAUUGUCGUCCGUCAAUGUAUUGAGACGGUUUGGUGUCUGCUCUUCGUUGCAUUCGUGGCGAUUGGGGAAGAUUGCCAUGGCCAGUACGUUGUGUCUGGUGCUGUUGCUUCCGGGAGGUUUUGCAACGGCGACUAUCACUUUGCCGGACGAUACGAGGAAAGGCCCUUCUACACGAAGAGCGUGGGUGUCGGUUUCAUUUACUUCUGGGGCUCAUCUGGUCAAUGGAGACUCUCCGACCGGCAUUUGAAUGAAACUCAGACUGAUACGGCCAAUUAUGUGCCACUGGGCACUGCAACCCCACCGACCGAAGGUGAUUGGGUACUCUCCGAACUCUGGGGAGGGCCAUGCCUCUGCGAGGAUGAGCCACCCAACAUCUCCGUGUGCCACGAGCAGACUUGUGAAGGCGAUCUGAUCGUCUCAGAAGUUGGGCUUUUGGAAAGCCAGGGCAACGGCCAGUAUGCUUACACGGAGGACCACAACGCCAAGCCUUUCUAUAGGCAGAUUGGAGGAGACUCGGUAAUCUAUUUCGACGUUAGUUGGCGCAUCAAUACCCAAUCUAACUCGACGGACCGACAAACCUUCAUCGCUCCAACAUCACCGCUACCACCCGUCGGGCAGUGGGUGACAGAAGAUGUUCAUCGUCCAGAAGCCGAUCCCCCACCAUUCGUCUCUGAAUGUGCUGGCUGUGACGGGGACUACAUAGUCUCCGGUGCGGGCGGCGAAGGUAGCUGGUGCAAUGGCGAGUACAGCUACGCCCGUCGCAAUGAUGGAAAGCCGCUUUUCCAGCAAAUUGGAGGGGAAUGCAUCAUCUAUCAUAUGAACCAAUGGAAGAUCACCUAUGAAAACCAGACUGGCAAUGCUUAUAUGGGCAGCUGGUAUUACAUUGCCCCAGGCUUUCCUGAGCCUCCGCUGGGCAAGUGGGAGAACAUUCCGUGCAAAUUUUGUGGUCGAGAUCCAGCGAGAGUUACACCAUGUCAUUCCGCGUCGUGCGACUAUGUGGUUUCCGGGGCAGACGGCACUUUUGCCGAGUACAAUGGUCAAUACCGUCAAACUGGCAUUCGCGUGAAUGGAAAGCCCGUGUACCAGCUUCAGCAGUCUCCCUUGGACCGAUACAUCUUCCAUUUUUGGAGUUGGAAGAUCGGCUUCUACUGGGAUUUGGCGAUUGCUGGGGCUGUGUACGACUCACCAGCUCAGAGCCUUCCGCCAACUGGCACCUGGGGACGAGAGAGUUGGUAUGAGGGACAGACCUCAGACUCAGACAUCUUGCAGGUUUCACCUUGCCGCGGGAGGCCUUCGCUGGUCGUUCUGCCGGUCGUAAUCGUAGCCUCGCUCGCCACUUGUUGCCUGGCUGUUCGCAAGGUCAGGCCGGGCUGCCGGAGCUCGCCCGUGCAUCCGGCAGACCCGCUGGACGAGUGA